GAAAGCAGAAAAAAAAAAGAUCCAGGUCCAUUUCCCCUCCGCGGUCUCGGUGUUGAUUUUCUGUUCUGAUUUCUAUCCUCUCUCUUCCUCUCCCUCUCCCCAAACUUUUCCCUCAACAAUUCCCCCCUCCUUCAUUCACCCCAAGCUUCAGCUUCAGAUUUCGUCUUGAGAUCUGAACAACCGAAUCAUCAGCUUCGGUUCCAUUUUCAGAUUUCCCCAUACCUCAAAGCUUCGCGUCAACCCCGCGCGCUUCAAUUUACACCUCGAUAACAUCUCCCAUUCCCUUCCAACACCACACAAACCUUUACAAUGGCCGCUACUGCGCUUGACCAUCUCAGCCUCGGAGGCAAGAUUCAGUGGCUCGCUCAGCUCAACACUGAGUUCCAGCCCGCUCGCGAGUUCCGUCGCACUUCCAUCAUCUGCACCAUUGGUCCCAAGACCAACUCGGUCGAGGCCAUUAACAAGCUCCGCGAUGCUGGUCUCAACGUUGUUCGCAUGAACUUCUCCCACGGUAGCUACGAGUAUCACCAGUCCGUCAUUGACAAUGCUCGCCAGGCUGAGAAGGUUCAUCCCGGCCGCCCUAUUGCCAUUGCCCUUGACACCAAGGGCCCUGAGAUCCGUACCGGCAACACCAAGAACGAUGAGGAUAUUCCCAUCUCCGCCGGUACCAUCCUUAACAUCACCACUGAUGAAAAGUACAAGGAUGAGUGCACUAUCGAGCACAUGUACGUCGACUAUGUCAACAUCACCAAGGUCAUUGCUCCUGGCCGUAUCAUCUACGUCGACGAUGGUGUCCUCGCUUUCGAGGUCCUCGAGAUUGUCGAUGACAAGACCAUCAAGGUCAAGGCCCGCAACAACGGCUACAUCUCCUCCCGCAAGGGUGUCAACCUUCCCAACACCGAUGUCGAUCUCCCUGCUCUUUCCGAGAAGGAUAAGGCCGAUCUCAGGUUCGGUGUCAAGAACAAGGUCGACAUGGUCUUUGCUUCGUUUAUCCGUCGCGGCCAGGACAUCAAGGACAUCCGUGAGGUCCUUGGCGAGGAUGGCAAGCAGAUUCAGAUCAUUGCCAAGAUCGAGAACAGGCAGGGUCUCAACAACUUUGCUGAGAUUCUCGCCGAGACCGAUGGUGUCAUGGUUGCCCGUGGUGACUUGGGUAUUGAGAUCCCCGCCGCCGAGGUGUUCGCUGCCCAGAAGAAGAUCAUCGCCAUGUGCAACAUUGCCGGCAAGCCCGUCAUCUGCGCUACCCAGAUGCUGGAGUCCAUGAUCAAGAACCCCAGACCCACCAGAGCCGAGAUCAGCGAUGUCGGUAACGCUGUUACCGAUGGUGCUGACUGCGUCAUGCUUUCUGGUGAGACCGCCAAGGGUGCUUACCCCACCGAGGCCGUCCGUGAGAUGAGCGAGGCCGUUCUUAAGGCCGAGAACACCAUCCCCUACGUCAGCCACUUCGAGGAGCUUUGCAGCUUGGCCAAGCGUCCCGUCUCCAUUGUCGAGUCCUGCGCCAUGGCCUCUGUCCGUGCCUCGCUUGACCUUAACGCCGCUGCCAUCCUCGUUCUCUCCACCUCCGGCGAGUCCGCUCGUCUCAUCUCCAAGUACCGCCCUGUGUGCCCCAUCAUCAUGAUCACCAGGAACGAUUCUGCUUCGAGGUACGCCCACCUUUACCGUGGCGUCUACCCCUUCCUUUUCCCCGAGUCCAAGCCCGACUUUAGCAAGGUCAACUGGCAGGAGGAUGUUGAUCGUCGCAUCAAGUGGGGUCUCAGCCACGGUAUUGGUCUCAAGGUCCUCAACGAGGGCGAAACCGUUGUCGUUGUUCAGGGCUGGAAGGGUGGUAUGGGUAACACCAACACCUUCCGUAUCGUUAAGGCCGAUGUCAACCACCUCGGUCUUGGCCAGCCUUAAAUGGCACAGGAAAAGGGGCAAGAGUCUGAAAAUUAGAUGAGUUGGCUUAAUCACUGGUUAUUUUCGUGUCAUGAUUAUGAUGGUUACAAGGCCUCGGUAAAGGCUAUUGGUGUUAGGUUUUGCGGAGAAAUUGCUUUUCAGGUGGACACAUUCUUAGGUCCAUUCAAUAGACUUCCUAUGCACGAUCAGUUUCGUGUCCUCA